AUUUUCAUUUCCACUCUUCCCUCCUCACCCUUUCAUCUUAGCAAUGGCUUUCGUCGCUCCCGUCGCCACUGUCCGCGCCACCACCAAGUCCUCAGUAUGUCAGGUACAGGGUCGCUCCAGCUUCGCCCAAUUCUCGGGCAUGAAGAAGGUCAACCAGUCCUCCCGCUUGCAGCCGGCUCAGUCCGGCUCUGCCUUCGGCGGCUACUCUGAUGCCAAUGACGCCUUCUACACCCGCGUGUCCGGCAUCGUCGCCGCCACCUUCGGCCCCACCAUGAAGGUCCGCGUCGCCAUCAACGGAUUCGGCCGUAUCGGCCGCAACUUCAUCCGAUGCUGGGCUGGCCGCAGUGACUCCAACAUGGAAGUUGUCUGCAUUAACGAUACCUCUGGUGUGAAGACCGCUUCUCAUCUCCUCAAAUAUGACUCCAUUUUGGGAACCUUUGACGCUGACGUCAGUGCUGGGGAGGACACUAUUUCUGUUAACGGCAAAACCAUCAAGAUUGUCUCUAACCGCAACCCGCUCCAAUUGCCAUGGAAGGAGAUGAACAUUGACAUCGUCGUUGAGGCCACUGGUGUCUUCGUCGACGCCCCGGGCGCCGGUAAGCACAUUGAGGCUGGUGCCAAAAAGGUUCUCAUCACCGCCCCGGGUAAGGGUGACGGAAUUGGCACCUUUGUCGUCGGUGUCAACGAGAAGGACUACUCUCAUGACAAGUACGACAUCGUCUCCAACGCCUCGUGCACCACCAACUGCAUGGCUCCCUUCAUGAAGGUCCUCGACGAUGAGUUUGGUGUCGUCCGCGGAAUGAUGACUACCACUCACUCAUACACCGGUGACCAGCGCCUUCUCGAUGCCGGACAUCGCGAUCUUCGACGUGCCCGCUCAGCCGCCCUUAACAUUGUCCCCACCACCACCGGUGCCGCCAAGGCCGUCGCUCUUGUUGUGCCCUCGCUUAAGGGCAAGCUCAACGGCAUUGCCCUCCGUGUACCGACUCCUAACGUUUCCGUUUGCGACGUCGUCAUGCAGGUGAACAAGAAGACCUUCAAGGAGGAGGUCAACGGUGCCCUUCUCAAGGCCUCUGAGGGUGCGAUGAAGGGUAUCAUCAAGUACUCGGACGAGCCGCUCGUGUCGUGCGACCACCGCGGUACUGAUGAGUCGACCAUCAUUGACUCAUCGCUCACCAUGGUCAUGGGUGAUGACAUGAUCAAGGUUGUCGCCUGGUACGACAACGAGUGGGGAUACUCCCAAAGAGUUGUCGACCUCGGUGAGGUCAUGGCUCGCCAGUGGAAGUAAAAUUUGGACCGCGGCGUACUGAGCUUACUAGCUCGGGGGUUUUGAGGAAGCCACAGUUUUUUUCACGUAGGUCUUGGCCCAGGUACUUAAAAUCAGAGAAUCGGUUUCGGUUUCUGUUAACGUUUACUCCUGUUAAUCUUUCGUUCUCAGUUACGGCCUCGUGGGAUUCCCAACUCAUUGACGCUCCCCUCCAGCGCAUAGCAUUUAAUAGUGCGUAAAUACUUGACCCACUGUAGGAAGCGAUA